AUGGUGUCCAAAAAGAGUGUAGAUGACACCAAUGAUGAAGAUUACUACAGUAUUUCAAAGCAAUCAGAAUUCAACUCUGCUGAAGAUUUUUGUGAGGUGGGUGGUCUUAACAUUGUUAGAAUUAGAUCAAAUGGAUUGACUGAAUUAGAACCUGCUAGCACAAUUAAACAUGAUAGUCAGUGCUAUGGAACAGUUCCCCCUAACACCACAGAGCUCCAUUGCUCUACUAAUAACAGUUUGGUUUUGCGGAAUCUUUACAUCGGGACUAAAAAGAAAUCUCGGUGCCUUCAAAUCGUCAGAGAUUUUAGCGUGUCAACAAAUAUGACCUACCACAACGAUUGUUGUACUUACAAUGAAAAUGAGGACUGUGUACUAAGCUCUGAGAACAUGUUUUACAAAGAAAUGAGAAGAAAAAUUGGAAUUGCUGCAUCAGGAAAGCAGAAUGCAGUUGUCAAUGUAAAGCAAUUUCCGAUGUCUGGGUGUCCAGAAGGGUAUCUGAAGAUCAGUACCUACAAUUCUGUAGAGUACUAUUGCAUACCAGAUUCCAGAAUAUUUAUAUGUCAUCAAAGUUUCGCUAGAAAUAACACGAAUGGAGAAACGAUGUAUCUACAAUCACCACUUUAUCCCAAUACAACAACGGCCAAAAAAGCAUACACUUGUCUCAUACGAACAAACUGUGGACAAACAAUUACAGUGUAUGGAGUUGAUUACGUCUUUUCUUCUCAUACGCUGCAGUUCACAGAUACAGUAUCGGGAAAGACUUUGACACUAAGUAAUGGCUCAAAUGAUUACAAUAUCAAUCCACUCUUCAAAAGCGAUUUUCAUAAAAUUGUUAUCAACUUUCACAGAAGUGGUGGAAAUGGUUUUGGGCGUUUCCGAAUAGCUUUUAAAGCUUCUGGACAAAAUGUAAUACGCCUAGUUUGUCCGUUUCGUGGGACACCAGAGGAUUGCAACAUUACCAACACUUCUCCUACUACAUUCCAAAGUGAACCUACCACAUUCCAGACAGAAUCAAGUCAAGCAAUGCAUCCUACAUAUGAACGGGCAACAUCGGUAACUACAAGCAUAUAUACUUCCAAUGUUACAAAUAGCAUAAAGUCUACUCAGACUACCACAGCCACUGCUAACGAUUCAAAUCAACCAAUUGCAGGUACAAUAACGUUCACGUGCAUUAUUGGGAUUGGAAUUUUCCUUGUGAGAUCAUUCUUCGUCCUAACUUAA